AUGGCUGCCGGCCUGUUGUCCCAAGGACCUCAAAUACCCUCGCUUCCGCCCAAUAAGACUGUCGUCCAAAUUUUUGCCGACUUCCUUGUUUACCUCUUCAGGUGCACAAAGCGGUAUAUCCAGGAGACCGAAGCGAACGGCCAGACGCUCUGGGACUCUCUCAAGAACAGCAUCCAAUUCGUCAUCACCCACCCCAAUGGAUGGGAGGGCUACCAACAACAUCAACUCCGCAAGUCUGCCGUACUUGCAAACCUCAUUCCCGACACGCCAGAAGGCUGGGGACGCGUCACCUUUGUAACGGAAGGCGAAGCGAGUCUCCACUUCUGUGUGCAGAACGGUUUGACGGACCUUGUCAAGGAGAAAAACCAAGGCGUGUUGAUUGUGGGUGGUGGAGGAGGCACUGUUGACCUCAGUUCCUACCGAUACAACACCGAGGUGAAAUCCUUCGAGGAAACUGCCGUCCCCGAAUGUCACUUCCAAGGAUCCGUAUUCGUCACCAAUCGCGCCAAAGAGCACCUUGACAGCGAGUAUUUGCUGAGAGGAUCCCGAUUUGAAGACGACGUAGACUUCAUCGUCGAACGCUUCGACAAGCGUACGAAACUAGCUUUCAGGGACGACAAUCAAAUGAAGUUCAUCCAAUUUGGCUCGGUCAGGCAGAACGAACCGAGCUUGGGUAUUCGCACAGGGCAGCUGAAACUUCAAGGGUCCGUCGUCGCCGGGUUCUUUGAGCCCUCUGUUCAGACCAUCAUCGGUGCGAUUGAGAAACAAUGUACCGAGUCCGAACACCCUAUUUCCACUGUCAUCCUCGUCGGUGGCUUUGCCUCUAGUGAUUGGUUGCACUCGAAGAUUGAAGAAGGUCUCAAAGGAAAGAUAUCGAGGAGGUGUCAUGUUCUAUAUCGAUAA